UUCCAUUCUUAAAAUAAAAAAUCGCACAAAUAAAUUACUAAAUUAUUAAAUCACUUAAUAGGUGCGUGUACACAGGGCGUUAAUAAACACUGAUAUUGGGCUUUGUAUUGUGACUGGCCAAUGUCAUUAACAAACCUGUUUUUUUAAAUAAGAUGCUGUGAGCCCGUCUUCCAAUCAACGUAUGAAAAAUAUUGCCAACGGAAAACUGCUAGUUCAGAGUUUUAAAUUCUUUUGAGAUAAGAAAUAAAUGUUGUAACAGAGAACCAUCAAUACCUUCUAUUAAUUUACUGAAAAGUGUUAUAAGCUUACCUUAUUUUUUCUUUCAGUAAACUUUGUAAUAGAGGUUUGAGGAAAAUCAAACAUCAGUCUGGUAACCAAAGUCAUACGGUCAACUCAAUAAAUUUUUCAUUCUGUCAAGUACUGUUGAUAGGAGCGGUCACGCUUCGCAGUCUAACCAAGUACGUCUUGGAAAGAAAACAAGAAAAAAAUGUAAUUUUAAAACUAACAUGAAUAUUAUAAAUGUAGUUACCAGAUUCAGCUUACACGCAUUAGCCUCAUGACCAUUUACUAACACUAAGCACUAACGAGGUACGACGUGCAAAUGGGGGAAGUUGUAAGCCUGUUUUCUGUGAUAAUAAUGAAAUUUAAAUCUAAAUUCAAUGAAAGUAAAAUAUAUUUCCAAUAUGAUCUUCCUUGGGAAAGACUCAAGAGUGUGAAGUGGAUGAAUGAACGUGCUACUUCCAAUAAGGCAUAUGUGCCUACCACGGUGGAGAAUGUAGCAAAUGUCUGUACCCACGCAUUAUGCGUGGCCCCGGCUUCGCUCGGAGCGCGGGAACUUCUCUCUCGCUCCGUGAAUGCGCCCCAGGCCAUCGCAGCUGUAGUGUACGGACUAGCACUGUGUCUUCUCUUCGCAGUAUCCACCACCUUCCAUUCAGUGUGCUGUUGCAAGUCUGAUACUAAAAUGAAACACUUCCUGCAUCGCUGUGACCGUGCCAUGAUCUACAUAUUCAUCGCUAGCUCUUACUUCCCGUGGCUGACGGUGGGCACGCUCUCCUGUUGGAUGCUCAGGGAACUGCGCUGGGCGAUCUGGCUGCUGGCCGUGCUGGGCAUCACGUACCAACAGAUAUUCCACGAGCGAUACAAGAUGUUGGAGCUGCUACUGUAUCUCGUGAUGGGACUGGGUCCCGCGGCGAUCAUAGUCACGUCAAAUCACCAGUUUCCUGCAAUGUGCGAUCUGAAGCUCGGCGGCAUUCUCUACCUCAUGGGCGUGUUCUUCUUCAAGUCUGACGGGCGGAUACCCUUCGCUCACGCCAUAUGGCACGUGUUCGUCGCCCUCGCAGCCACGGUACACUACCUAGCCAUCUUACGCCAUCUCUUCCCUGAGUUAAAAUCGCAAUGAAGACUGCACGUCCCCUUAGAACAGCGGUCGGGGAACUUUUUUAAGUAUUACAUAACAAAAAACAAACGAAAUCGCUUCUUUUUAUUAUCUUUCAUAUUAUAGCCCCCAUGAUAAUUUUGAAAAGAAAAGAAUAACAAAAAAUUUAACGAUUUUAAAGAAGUUUCACUUCAAUAUAUUAUUAUAUUUUUUACUUUUUUUUAAGUGAUUUUAUGACCGGGUAACUGAGACCUUUAAGUCAUGUCUUAUUUUAAUUUAUAUUCAUAUUUUUAUGAAAAAUGAUAUUAUGGAGUGAAAUGAAAUAAAGAUGAUUAAUUUGAAACAUUAAUCAACUGGGAUGAAAUUAAAUGAAAUGAAAUGGGAUGAAAUAUAAUCUCAGUAAAAUUGUGGUCAUUUACUAAGAUUUUUUCAGUGGACUUUUUGGAGGAUCUCGAGAAGUUACGUCCAGCGGCUUUGUUUCAGUUUCCCACAUUUGUGCAGUUUCACAGAUAUUAAACAGUUAAUAAACUACCAUUAUUACACAUUUAAACCCGAAGAAACACUAAAUAGACAAAAUAAAACAAAUCACACAACUUCACUCCUCGCGUUCCCGCCAAAAAGUCUAUUUUUUUUUACUCACAAAAGUUUCAUUUUUACUACCCAAAAUUUAUUUUACCCCAUUUGGGGUAAUUUACCCCGGUUCCCUGACCGCUGCCUUAGAAUCUCUCCCGACCUUGAAUUUCAAUUAAAGCUCUCUAAUUCUAUUUUCGUGCGAGGUCACAGAACGAGUAAUUCCCUAGACAGAAUGUCCGCAAAAUGGAAGAUCCGUUGUAUGCGCAGCUAUGUUCACUGCGCGUUUGAGACGUGUCUAAUUAUUUGUGAUGAUGUGUAAUGUAGAUGUCGCAGCUACGGUUCAUUGGGCAUCUGCGUUUCGCCAAAAAUACGUAAAAACGAGGUAGACAUUCGGUUAGACUAGAAACUGACAUCACUACGAAAUAUAAGAUGCACGUUUGCACGGCACGUUGCGCGCUUUCGUUUGACGAAAUAAAUCUUCAGAAUGAUUCGGAUUCGUAAGGUCGGAUUUGCUGUGUGACGUUUUUUGGCCUGUCCUUGGGAUUUUUUUUCCUAUCUAAGCCUUGAGAGGCUAUUUCAGCGUAACCUUAACUAGUAGGUGAGCUCGCGGGGCUAAAACCUGACGACGUUGCUUACACGAACCCUAGCAAGGACCGUGCUUCGCAGAAUCUACCACCGGACCGGAAACGCGAUCCACUGAGAAAAUCCGACGAAAAACUCAGUGGGCUGUGUCUAUGGGUGGAAUUUCGAUUAGAUAUCUAUAACAAUCAGAUACAAUUCGAAAAGUUGGAUAUCCGACCUUAUGGCGUUGAUAUCCAGAAAUAUGUAUUCGUUAAUACACAAGAUGUAGCGUAUCUAUGUUUAUAGCGAAUGUAUUUAAGUAUGGUGGUAGGACAUCUUGUGAGUCCGCGCGGGUAGGUACCACCGCCCCGCCUAUAGCUGCCGUGAAGCAGUAAUGCGUUUCGGUUUGAAGGGUGGGGCAGCCGUAGUAAUUGUACUGAGAUUUUAGAACUUAUAUCUCAAGGUGGGUGGCGCAUUUACGUUGUAGAUGACUAUGGGCUCCAGUAACCACUUAACACCGGGUUGGCUGUGAACUCGUCCUCCCAUCUAAGCAAUAAAAAAAAUCUACGCCUAUGUACGCCUUUGCCGGUAAAGUGCCAUAAUGCAGUAAAAUGUAACUAAUUUAUGACCUCUUGCAAUUUAACGAGAGUGGAUUUCAAUACUGCAACGUGCUAUUUCGUAGUGAAAGUUUUAAAAUAUUUUAUUAGGAUGAUUUUAAGGUAAGAUUUAGUUCACGCAUCGUGAACACCUCCCAGAGUUUAAUGUAUUCCAAAUUAACAAAUUAUUACGGAUCAUCCGAAUAUACAAAAAAUGUUCUCAUGAAAGAAAUACUCUUAGAAUAAAAAGUUUAUAAUUAAUUAAUGUAUUGUGGUUGUUGUUAUCAAACUCUUUGGGACUAACUUGUUGGGUUAGGUUAGGUACUGGCUGGUUCUGCGCUCGGCCAAACGUUCGAAGAUGUAUAUGUAUAUUUUGUAGAAUAAUGUUAUUAAAUAAUAUUGUUGUAGUUCUGUAGUAUCUCAGAAUCUCGCGACCAAUCCAAUCCUUUUUAGAUUAACUAUUAAAAUGUUUAGAAAUUUUUAGAGAUGUUUAUAUUCUAUCUUAUACCUAUAUUACGGAACUCUGUUUAAUAUUUAUACAUAAUAUGUCGAAGUUUUUUCUCCGGUUUUAGUCUAUGUAGUUAGUUUAAUGUACUAUUCUGUAGGAUAAAAAAAAUUCCAAGCUAUUUUGUUAAAUUUACGUCCCAAUUUUUAAUUACGGUUUGCUCAAUCACUCAAGUGAAUAGCAAAAAAAUCUCUCUAGAAUUUUGUAUGUAUAACUAUUAUUGCCUCGUAUAGUAAAAUACAGAUUCUUAACAAUAGCGUCGAUGAUACAAACCGAAAUUUUAUGUCGUUUUCAAAGUGUCAGUCUUUCAUCUUCGCUAACAAAAUGUAAUUUUCAUUAUUGUAGUCAGGUCUUAACACCGCUGACCUGUUCGAUAAAGUAAAGAAACAAUUUUAAAACAGUGCAUUGUUCUUCGGAAAGUAUAACACAAUGGUUGACUAUCGAAAGUGAAACAUGUCACUGGUACAUCCGUUGAUGGCUAGGUCAUUAGUGUAUAAUCUGUGGACGGAUCGUUGUCCGCCGCGUUCAUUGUGUAGAUAUUGCCCACAUUUGACCUUUCGAUCUAAACGACAGAAUCAUGGCAUCUAUAUAUGUAUCUAUUUGUAUUUGUUUGGCGGAACAAAAAAUGUAUUUUUUUUUUCAUAAAUUCGGCCCUUGUUUUAUUUUUAGACAUUGUGGAAUAAUAAAAAUGUAUAGUUUUGAUACAUCUAUAGUCUGGCCUUCAAUCGUUUCACGCUAUAAAAAUGCCAUGUAGAUGAAACGUGAAAAUUGUUUAAUUUUGGGACACUUAGCAUACUGGUAGUAUUACAAAACAUAUUGUUUUUUUUUUAACAUUUUCUAGUCAAUCUAUAUGUUACAAAAGAAUAUCAUUUUAAUGUUUUUUGUUUUUUUGGUGAGAAAACCCUUUAUUUUAUACAAAAUUUUAAGAAAAUUACAGAAUAAAAUUGUUUUGAACGCAUGUACUAUAUUGGAUUUCGUAAGUUUUAACAGGGUAAAAGACAAGGAUGCACAAUUAUUAUUUUGAACAUAGAAUUGGUUUUACGUCUUCUGUUAAUCGAAAGCGAUGUAUGGAAAUCAUUAAAAGUAUAUAAUUAAAAUGUAUCUAGUUUUUAUGUGUAAGUGUUCGUUCUGUCUGCAGUGGAAAUAUAGUUGUAAGUGUGGCAUUGUUAUGAUCAAGUUUUAGCUAUAACGUCCCGGAUACUAUUAGGGUCCUUCGAUUGAACACCUUAUUACUGUACCGUUUUUUUUUUUUAAUUGAAGGUAAUAGAACAAACUUAUGCAGCACAUAGUUAAUUUAAAAUUAUUUUCUUCCUGGAAUUACACUAGAGAUAUUAUUUAAGUAAAGUAAAUACAUUAAUACAAUAAUGUCCAAUUUAGGAACAAUUAAAACUGUGCUUACGAUUUAAUAUUGCUAUUUGACUGUCAUUAUUGACGACUUUUCGAAUAUUCUACAUUGGUCGUGGUCACGGACGAAGAAAAUGUUCUAUUCCAAUUUAUGGUGUUUAUUCGAUUCAUAAUGUUUCUUAUAACGUGCCACUUUUGUAGCACACAUUCGUUCAUCCAUGGACAUAGUAUAUUCAUGGAAAGUAAUCCAAAUUGUUAUAUAUAUUAUGUAGUCUUGUCGAGAUGUGGAUCUUCUUUAGGUAACUAUAUGUUUUUAUUGUUAUUUUGAAUGGAAAAAAUCAUUAAAUGAUUGUAUUGAUGGUCACAAUUUCUUUGAUUGAUUCAAAACUUACAAUAUUCGAGCAGUAUAAAACAAAAAUUUUAAUAUUUUAUUACUGACUUGUAUUAUAAAUUUAGAUAUGAAGUUUCUUGAUUUUGUUUCAAUCAAAUUUAAGAGUUUUUGGACACUUUUAGGGUGGCAUACUCUCCAUCAUAUGAAAAAUAGGAAUAUAUUUGGCUCCACAAAACAAAGUCUGAUCACAAUUUAGGACAAAACGUUUUGCCUUCCGUGUAAUCUCUUAGUUAUAAGUUUGUCAAUGGAAGCUCGUCUACAUCAUCAUUUCCUUCUUCUUUUUUGACUUUCACGGUUUUUAAGCAAAACAUUUUGAAGUAUAUAAAAUUUAAUUGUCGUCAUCAGAAACCUUUAAUACCCAAUGAUAUUUAACAAUUUUUAUAGGCGUUAGAAAGGUAUGUUGUAUUUAUACAGUAAAAUACAUUUAAGGAGCUGAAAAUUCUCGGUUACUGCAUUUUCUUUUCCGAUUAUGAAAUUUCCAUCCGGAAUUUGAAAAAAAAAAGUUACUUGAACAAGAAUCGCACAGUUGUUUGAUCGUAGAUAGGCUACGGACGCUUCAGAUCUCAACGAAAUGCUCUAGGAUUUGCUUCUGGUGAUAACGCAUAAUUGAAGUUCCUAUGUAAAAUACGAUAAGCAUAAACCAGUGAAGAUUCAAUUUAAAUUCCCACAGUGCAAUAAGAUUGUAAAAAAGACAUUUAAGACCAAAAAUUUAAACAAAUCUUUAAUAUCAUUUCCAAAGAUACUUCUAUAGAAAUUUAUAUUUAGAAUUAUUUAGAAAAUAAGAUCCGUUUUCAGUGGCGAUUGGAUUUUAAUUGCUCAUACCAGUGCUUACGUACUAUCCUUGACUUAUACGAUGGAGUAACGUAAGUGAUUCAGGCAGCGCAUCUGAGAUGCUAUUGAGAUGUAGAAUGAGUAAAUGUAAUUUUAAGAUUUAAAGAAUCUCAUAAAGGAAAACCUCAUAUUCUGCGUCAGUAUACAAAAAGGGCAUUCAGUCUUCUGAUAGAAAAUCUUUAAGCUCUUUGAUAAUAGUGAUUAAUGCUAACUUGAAACUGAACAUGAAACUUGCAUGAUAAAAUUUCAUCAUGUCGUCGUGUCGUGUUAAUGGCUAUUUGGUUUAAGCAACAUUUCGCUUAUUAGUGAUAUUUAUCUUUGUAACUAAUGUUCCGUUUUAUUUCGUCUUAGUAUCGAUUUUCGUUAUCGAUAUUUAUCGAUAUUCGAUGUUUUUAAUUGAACUUCAAAUAUGUUUAUCCCGUUUAUCCCCAUGAUAUUUUUGCAAAUUUUAAACUUUAGGUGGGUCUCUUGUACAGAUUUUUUACUGGUGGUAGGGCCUCUUGUGAGUCCGCGCGCGUAGGUACCACCACCCUGCCUAUUUCUGCCGUGAAGCAGUAAUGCGUUUCGGUUUGAAGGGUAGGGUAGCCGUUGUAACUAUACUUGAGACCUUAGAACUUAUAUCUCAAGGUCGGUGGCGCAUUUACGUUGUAGAUGUCUAUGGGCUCCAGUAACCACUUGACACCAGGUGGGCCGUGAGCUCGUCCACCCAUCUAAGCAAUAAAAUAAAAGAUGUAAAAUGUCGCUUAAACCAAAUAGACUCGCACGUCGAUAUGUUUUCAGUUUUUCUGAUGUUAUAAAUAAUGUUAUUGCGAUUAGUGUUCUUCCUUAAUUUAAUUAAAACGUUUUUGCGUGUGUUCUUUCUUUAAAAAUUUUCAUUUUUUUUUGGCUUAGUAUUAUAAUAUGACAUAUUACAUAAAAAUUAUAUAAUUUAGAGUUGUACUGUUUUUCCUUUGAUAAGAAUUUAGGAAUUGCUACAAAAUAUUUUAUAAUAGUAAACAUAACAGGACUGUUAUAUACCAUGAUAUAUAACAUGGCUAUUGGACCAUGGACCUCCUCAGUAUAACAUUGUUUAUAAAAAAUAUUACUGUCUUAUAGAUUAUUCUCAGUAUUCUAUCAAGUGGUUGUCAUAAUUUUUAAUGAAGUUUUAAUGUAAUUUAAUUAAUAUUACCACUGAUUAUGGGCCCUGGUAUAGUUUUGUAGAGGUUUUUGGGAACUCAGUAAAUAAACGUUUUACAAACAAA